AUGCUGGAUGCUUGCUACUCAUAUUACAUGAUGGGGAGCAAAUGGGAGUCGGUCUUGGUCAACGCUUGGAAUGAAACGAAGCUGAUUAUUAAAUGCCCUCGUUGUGAGUCGGAAGACUUGCAUGAAUAUGCCCAACCGCCUUAUCUUGGUUAUCCAUUGGUCUACGAGCAUAUAUGUAAAGAAUCUUCCGAAGCACGGCGUUAUCAGGCGAUAUUUCCUUAUGUCAUUCAUAAACUCACAACUUGCAAAGAGGAACCGGUUGGAACUCCAGAUCCAGGUACGAUACAACCGAUCGGAUACCAGUUACAUCCUUCUGGAAAGUAUUGGGUUACUGUCGGCAAAGGGUUUCGAACUGCGUGGUGGCAACUAGAUCCCGGCACUCCCCGAUCGCGACCCCAAAAAGAGGAAGAGGUGGAGAGUUUGAGCGAGAAGUUAGGAGGACUGCUAUUAACUAAUAACAACCCGAAGUCCGAUUCACCAGAGAGGUCAAGCCCGCGGUCUUCGAAACUCGAAUUCGAUCUGGUUGAAACUAUUCGAUCUCUGUCAGAUGCUAACGAAAAACGGAUUGAAAAACUGUACUCCUUUCAACAGAUACUAGAGGUAUACGGCGAGGAUGGGCCAUCGGAUCCUAUCACUUGGAGAAUAAUAUCUUCAACCUCGAUGAGGGACGAAUGGAUCUGUGAGAAACAAACCGGAUGCAACAAGACGCUAAUCCGCACUACGACGAAACCCAAUAAGGGGGUCAGGGCAGCCUCUCUCGCCAGAAGAGGCCAGCCAUUUAACAACUUGGUCACAUUCAGCGGGGCGGGUCCCGAACCCGACUUGGUAUCCAAAACAAUUUUUAUAUCCCUCCAUAGCGAGAUAUCGGACUUCUUCGACGCGGACCGACCAGAACGCUUUCCAUACCCAGAUUUGGAUCUGAGGGACUGGGCAAUAGAAUUAUCAGAGAUUGUAGAGAUGAAGUACGACGGUCAUGAGAUGCUAUGGUGGAACACUCUGGACGGUAUCCGCAAUUUCGAAUGUAGCCAUACGGAAAAGAAGACCAUUGUGUGGUACCUUAUAGUCCGUGGAAUACGGCACCCAAAAGAAAUGGAAGGGACCAUGCUAAAAGCCAAACACAAGCAAAAUCAUAUACUAAGGCUUUAUGGAUCCCAGGCGCCCUGUAAAUGGUGUAUCGAGUUCCUUGAAAAGGUUACAAAACAGUUUUCGAAAUCCGGUUUAUGUAUAGGGUGGCGUAAUAUCCCGGAGGAGGAGAAAGCAAAACGUCCUGGUCCCAGCACCCAAGGGGAGAUUGAGCGCCCUAAUACUGCGGAAAGGGGAGGGAAAAGCAGCCCCUCGGCCUCCAUGACCUAUAUCAAUGUCUGUGGUCUUGGUGCUGAUAUUACAUGGCCUGCGCUUCCCGUUGUACCAACGCCAGGGUCGACAUGA